UAAUACUGUAGAACAUGUUAUUAAUGCAUUUAUCAUAAGGCAGAUUAUAUGGUUACAGUAAAAGAAUCUCUGAAUCCUAACACCUCCCACCCUGUAUUGGUCCUGAUCUGUUUGAGGGUGUAGUGGCAUCUGACCUAUCCAUUUACCUGAACUACUGUAUUUUGUCAAAGUGAAGAAAUUCUUCACAUAUUCACAGCUUAAUUGUAGGAUCAGACAGUUUAGUUACCAAGGAUCUGAUGGUAGCUCUAAACCAGCUGAAGUUUCAGGAAAGGGUGUAAAAAAAUUAGGUGGCCAGGCAACAGAAAACUGGUGUUUGCUGAGGCUCCUCCCCAUUAUCAUUGGUGAAAAGAUCACAGACACAGAGAAUCCUGUUUGGCAACUGACUGUCCAGUUGAAAGAACUAGUGGAACAGAUUUGUGCCCCAACUAUAUCAGGUUGCUUUGCUAAAUGUUCUAAUUGGUGAUUGUCUGGAGGUAAGGAAAGAAAUGUUUCCUUCACAAAAACUAAAACCAAAGCAUCAUUACCUCACUCAUUACCCUGCUUUAAUACUAAAGUUUGGCCCACUCAUUCGACUGUGGACGAUGAGGUUCGAGAGGAAGCUUUCAUAUUUCAAAAGAUAUGUGAGAAGGACACAAAAUUUAAAAAAUGUAUGUCACACACUUGCAAAGAACCAUCAGCUACUGCAGGCGUACCUACAUUCUGGCUCCUUUUUUGCACCCUUAUUGGUGGUUAAGAACUCCACUCCUUUCCAUGCUGAACUGUAUAGUGAAGCAGUGCGCUUUGCAGUCGGACAUACUUUAGUCAAAGAACCCAAUGUUUUGUCAACUACUGAAGUGCAGUGGAAAGGCACAAAGUACAAAAAGGGACUCUUUCUGUGUCUAAACCAAGGUGAGGCACUUGAAUUCGGACAGAUCGAGCUCAUUUUGGUGAAGCAGGACCAGCAUGUUUAUUUUAUUGUUACACUUCAUGAUGUGUCCUAUAUGCCAGAAUUUGUAUUGUAUGAAGUGAAACAAGCAAGGCAGAGCAUGAGGUGCUGGAAACCUGGGCGGAGACUAGAUUAUUAUCCUUUACCUGUGUACAAGCUGUGUGGGACAAGAGUAAUUUCAUUUAAGCAUAGCAUUCUUGACUCAGAGUAAAGAUCGAGUUUUUGACAUUUUACACUCAUGCUUCAAAAACCAGUCUCUCAUCCCUUCUAGUCCUCCUAGUCAUGGAUACAGAAAGUCCGCUUCUGUCCUUCAUCAAGUCAAGUCUACCAAAACUGAAAGACCCUGAGCCUUUGCUUGAGCUUCUACAAGAUUUAGGAGUUGAGGGACUGGAGGACCUGAGCUAUCUGCAGGAAAGUGACCGCCUACCUGUCCUGCGGCCAGCUGAAGUCAGAAAACUUCUCUCACAGCUUAAAAAGACAAGCCAUCAAGAUGUGUUUCACAGUCCUCCAAGCAACCAACAGUUCAGCAGAGCUAGUACCAGUACAAGUCCAGUAACACGGUCUGACGAGAUGCUCAUGUCUGGUGAUCCAGUCACGUCUGUCCAGUAUGUAACAACCAGAGGUCUCCACUUCAUCAGACAUAACCUAGACUCAGAGCUGGAUGAGGUGAGGACAAACAGCAGCCUAUUCGACGAAGAUGAUGGAUCCAUGGGGUCAGGAAAGCCAGAAGCAGGGGAGCUGGAGAGGUACCUUUCAUGUCCAUUCACUGGAGGUGUGGAUAUAUUGCAUGGCUUUCCUCACAUAAAGAAGCUGUCGAUCAAAAUCAAUACAGCUCUUCCUGCAUCUGGAGCUUGUGAAGGACUUCUUAGUCAUGCAGGACUCCUGGUUACUGCUAAACAGUUACAGCUUCACAGCAAGAACCUUGAGAGCAAACUGCUGCUGAAGCUUAACCAUCACCUCACUGAGUGAAGAAAUGCCACAUUUUUGCUAAUUAUGCAAAAAUAGAUGCACACCCAUACAACUUAUGGUAAACUGAGCUGCCUUGUAUGUACUUAUGUUGAAGAUGCCUCGUUCUAAUGUUUUCUCUGAGGCUGCUGUGCCAUUUGGAGCAAACAUGAAUAUAAAGUUUACAGCAUAUCUUGUCACUGGAAAUUGUUUGCACUGUUUAUAUAUUUAUAUUAUUUACUGUAGGUAUUGGUGAAAAAAGCUUUAUGUUGUGAAAAACUGAAAUCUGGAAAUUAGAAUUGUUGUGCCUUAUUUUGUUGAUGUUUUUACAUACAGGGAGUGCAGAAUUAUUAGGCAAGUUGUA